GCAUAUGCACACAAAUAUCAUAGUUGGAAACAAAAAAAAAAAGACAGGUGCAAAAACAAAAAUCAAAAGGCACUUCUAUAAACCAUAAUAAUAAUCAUCAUAGUUAUCCCCAAGGUGGUGUGCACGGUCGUGGAGCAGUGAGAAGAUACGGGGACACUAUUUUAAUGGCGGCUGUACAAGUUUGAAUUCCCAAUCACGAUCAGCUUAUAAACCGUUGAUUUUUGUUACAUCCUCAAAAGGGUUUGCACAAUUCGUCAAAGCAAGAUCUGCGUCGAUCAGUCUUACUUUCUCUUAUUAUCACUGAGAUUACAUGUGCUUGCUAAAGGUGGCGAACCAGGGGGGCUCAGGCGAGUAUGUCAGGUUUCCAGCUCAAGAAAGUGGCGGCGGAGGCGAUGAGUUGGAGAGAGAUGGACAAGAAGGACCAUUAGAAAUCUCACAAACACAAGAAAUGUACCAGCCAAUACACCCUGUGGAUAUGACAGUACCGGAGCCAAUGUUUUCGGAUAACAGCAGGGCUAGAGAGAUGUCAGCGAUGGUGUCGGCUCUCAGGCAUGUGGUGUCAGGCCAGAGAGGCGGUGUAUGGGGGCAAGGUACCGGUUUAAGCGGUGCAGCUACGUCAAGCUUUGGAGGGCUUUAUAGUACUUCUCCUUCUCCUCCACCUAUGUCGGCUUACUCUUCUAGUUAUACUUCUCCUUCUCCGCCUUUGUCGGCUCUCUCUUCUAGCUCUGGCUCUGCUUUUGCCUCUGCUUCUGGCUCAAGCUCCUGGGCUGGGCAAAAAAGAGGGCGUGAAGAAGAAGGCGUUUCUCAGUUGAUUGAGUCUAUUCCAAGGGGUUAUAGAGUGCCUGUUGCUGAUUUCAGAUUAUCACAGGGAGAUUCAGCAUCUGGUGCAACUGCAACAGAAGAAGCUACAAAUAAUUUUGCAACCACCACCACAACCACCGUUCCGGCAGCACCACCAAGCGAAAAUGUGUCCUACGAAGAAACCGGCGAGAGAAGGAGAAGAUACAGAGGAGUGAGACAGAGGCCAUGGGGAAAAUGGGCAGCCGAGAUACGCGAUCCCCACAAGGCUGCGAGGGUCUGGCUCGGCACAUUCGAAACCGCCGAGGCCGCAGCCAGAGCCUACGACGAAGCCGCCUUGAGAUUCAGGGGAAACAGAGCCAAGCUAAACUUCCCUGAAAAUGUCAGACUAGUACCGCCUCCACAAAAUUACUCCGCGGCGGCUUCGGCAUCGAUAUCCAUUUCAGAUUCUCGGGCAACCCAUUUGCCGUCAACGCCAUCGCCGCAGCAAUUGCAGCCCCAAUUCUUUCCGCCUCAAGCUUAUCAGGGCACACCUGACAUUCUCAGAGACUACAUGGGGUACUCCCAGUUGCUCCAGAGUUCUGGGGACUUUCAUCUCGAACAGCAGCCCACGACUUUAACGGAGCAGAUGCUUUAUAGGUCGUACUUGGCUUCUCUUCAACCAUCGUUUUUGUCAUCGUCUUCUUUAGCUUCUUCAUCUUCUUCAUAUGCACCCUCUGUUUCUUCGUCCUCUGCUUCAUUUCCUCUGUUUUCUGAUCCGCACAUGGGCUUUUCUCGACCACCCGGAAAUCAGAAUCAGAGCGGUGGUGGUGGCAGCACUUCAGAUUUUCCAUCGCUGCCAUCGUGGUCAGAUUCCAGUCACUAUCCUAGCUCUUCCAGUUAAAAUUGAUCACACAAUUUUUUCUUUUGUUCAAAAUAAUUAGUAUUAUUUUGUUGUUUUUUGGUUUAUGAUUUUAAUAUACUUUUUGCAUUAGCAUGUUGUUUUGGGGUUUAAUUAUUUUUUCCGUUACUUCUGUUGUAAAUCAAAAGGAAGAAAUAUAUAAAAAAGCCAGAUACAAAGGAGCAAUUGAGGAAACCGAUAUACGAUUGUCACGUUAUCCAAA